UGGAAUACGGGUGUGAGUGUGGUGAGCCCGCGCCGCCGCUGCUGAGCGCUCAACCCCCGAGCUGAGGUUCGGACAAACCGCCUCACAUUAUUACAGGUUAUAGUGUUAGAGAGAGAGAGCAGCUUUCAGCCAUUUUAUCCGCGGGAAACUGCGCGCGUCCCCUCGGCGGAGAGACGAACAGUGUGUGGGCAGUGCGGGGGGACAGGAGCGGCGGGUUUGGGGGGUUUAUUUAUUUGUGAACAGAGGGAACCCCGGGUUUUGUUCUGACAGUUUCCUGUUUUGGUGGUGAAUUCUAGCAUGUGCUAGCCUGCAUGGGACGACCAGGGUAGAGCGACACUGAGAGAGAGCAGGAGAGAGAGAGAGAUGGGACAGAUGAAUUACUGUGCAAAAUCAUCCCGGGAGAUGACAGAUGGAGACAUCAGGAGGAUUGGAGCCUGCCAGCUAGCAUCCUAAAUACACCAUGGACCAGGAGUUCAGCUUUAGUGCGCUGAAGAAGCUGGCGGCUGAGCCGGACUACACAGACGUGAGUCUGCCGGCGGUGGAGCGCGUGCGAGCGCUCAGUAAAAUGGGCUACAACAUCGAGAUUAAUGAGGAGAUCGCCCCCCGCCGCUACUUUCGCUCAGGCGUGGAGAUGGAGCGCAUGGCUGCAGUCUACCUGGAGGAGGGCAGCCUGGAGAAUGCCUUCGUCCUCUACAACAAAUUCAUCACUUUGUUUGUGGAGAAACUCCCCAGUCAUCGGGAUUACCAGCAGUGCAGCGUUCCUGAGAAGCAAGUGAUAAUGAAGAAACUGCAAGAAGUGGCUUUUCCACGCAAAGAUCAGCUGAAGAAGCUCCUUCAUGAGAAAUACAGCAGGGAGUACAGUGAAUAUCUGAAGAGGCAGAGCCAGCCUGUGCCUGUAACCGCGUGUGAGGAGCAGUUGCAGAGGCUGUCUCUGCUGGAGGAGGAGAGGCAGCGGGUGGCACAGCUGAGGAAGAUGCAGCUGGAGUCGGAGCAGUUCCGCUAUUUCGAGGACCAGCUGCGCCGACAGGAGCAGGCAAACCGCAAAGGAGACGCCGCCCACAAAGUGCCUGAACAAACCGACGGCUCCUGUCUGUCCCAAGCUCCCAAAAACCAUGUGCGCCUAGACCCCAAACCACCAGCACCCACCCCCAAACCAGCGGCCACAUUAGCAGUAGUGCAGAAUCAGCGAGUGGAAGGCCUGAGGCGGGUUCUGAUACCUCGAGACCUGACGUACAGGUUUCUGCUGCUGGCUGACAGUAACACAGCCAGAGGCAUCGAGACGUGCGGUGUGCUCUGCGGGAAGCUGACUCACAACGAGUUUGUGCUCACACACGUGAUUGUGCCCAAACAAUCAGCCGGCCCGGACUACUGUGACAUGGAGAACGUGGAAGAGCUCUUCAGUUAUCAGGACCACCAUAACCUGCUGACCCUCGGCUGGAUCCACACACACCCCACGCAGACAGCUUUCCUCUCCAGUGUGGAUCUGCACACACACAGCUCCUAUCAGCUUAUGCUGCCCGAGGCCAUCGCCAUUGUCUGCUCGCCCAAGCAUAAUGAUACCGGGGUGUUCAGACUCACUAGUGCUGGAAUGGGGGAGGUGGCAGGAUGCAGACUGAAGGGCUUUCACCCCCAUUCAAAAGACCCUCCACUUUUCACCAUCUGUAAGCACGUGGUGGUGAGGGACUCCAAAACGACAGUGCUCGACCUCAGGUGACAGAGGAGGCAGACGCACACUUCAGUGGAAGCAGUGGAAGCGCCCCCAGAAGCCCUGUUUAAGUAUCUUCGUCUACUUGAAGGCUUUUUUUUUUUUUUGUAUUUAUUUAUUGAACAACACGGUACUGUGAAGUGGAAUCUCUGUGCUGCACAGUUUGCUGUGUGCAUCUUUUAGUGAAGCUGUGAAGCUGUUAAGUGGCAUUGUUUCCUCUUUCUCUGAUUUGUUGUUGACUUUUUUGACGGCUUGCUUUUAGCAUUUCUCGGCUGUUCAGAAGUCUUUUCUGGACAGGGUUUUGUGAUCUGACUGCUUGUCAGUUUCGGCAUUCACGGUUUUGUCCUCAAGGUGGCAGCCUUUAGCUGCGUUAUGCCAUAUUCAAAAUGUGAACUUUUCUAAAAGGAGUUUUUAAGAGGAUGCAAAGAUUAUUUUUUGGACAGUUGCCUUAUGUAAUAAUAAUAAUAAUAAUAAUAAUAAUAAUAAUAAUAAUAACAAUAAUAAUAAUAAUUUGUUAAAGUUUGGUUUCAUUGCUGUAUACACUGGAAAGAGCUACCUUUUUUAACCCUGUAUGUAUUAACAGUCCCCUGCAGAUAUGUUUAAAGCCCCACGUUUUAGUGAUAAGGUAGAAUAUAAUAAACAGUUAUAUGUCCAAAUGUUUGUGGACAUCCUUUAUAUUGUAUUAAAUGCAUUCAGUUCUCAUUGGCACAGCUGUAAACUAGCUGUAAAAUGCCCACACACAGCUUGUUUUAAUCACUGAAAAAAAUAAUAAAUAUAUAUAUAUAUAUGUAUAUACAUAUAUAUAUAUAUUGGCAAUAGAGUAGAACAGCUGUGGAGCUGUGAAACAUUGUUCUCUGGAAUGAUGGUGCUCCAUCCAGUACUUUUGGGGAUGAACUGGGUGAAGGGGAGUUAGGGAUGAGGUUUGGUGGUGAUCAUUCUGAACAUCCUGACCUCACUAUUGCUCUCGUUGAAUGCAACUGAAUGCAAUCAAAUCCUCACAGCAAUUCUUCAGAAUCUAGUAUAGUAAAGUCUUUCUAGCCUUCCCUGGACAGAAGACUCCAGAAGGACAGUUACUCCAACAAAAGCAGGAGAGCUUGUCUCGACCGGAACCGUUUUAAAAGAAACGAACUGAACAAAAUGAAUGAGCAGGUGUCCCAACACUUUUGUUCAUACAGUGUAUUAAUUACAGCGUGAUGCAAAAUUCACAAACAGAAACCUGAAUUUCAGGUCGGUAAUCAGUGCAUUGCGUCACUGAAGCAGUUAACUGUGCUAGCCUGUUCGUUAAUGACUAUGACUGGCUCCCAUGUUUUUUAGCCAAUAAAAGAAAGUGGAUGGUACACGGUACUCCUGAGAAGAGUUCAGAACCUCUCGGUAGAUGGCAGAGAUUUUCCCCAGCCUUGCCUCACUUGACCUGAACCAAAGCACCCACAGAAAAAAAAAAAACAUGAAAAGAAAAGAAGCCUAAAUCGCCUUAUCAGAGGAGCUAAUAAUGCUGUCAGCCCACAGGCCUGGAAACAGCACGCAUCUCAGGUACAAUUCCCUCAUGAGAACAACACCCCUGGAACCCAUUCAAACAUUGUUUCCAGUUUCCACUAGAGAGUGGCCAUUCUCGUUCCUCGUCAGUAUCGGUUCUGCAGAAUAUGAAAGCUUUCCGCCUCCGUCUAGUGAAUUGUUAUCAGCAUAUCAUGGAUGUAGUGUGAGCCGUGGCAAUGUUUGGAAUGUUGUCAGUUCCACUGAAUCCGCUCUGCUCCAGGGACACGUGGGCACUAAAGCGCUGAAGCAUUGACUGUACAUGUUUUUCCACUGCCAUUUUGUUAAUAAAAGAAAAAAAAAAGAAUAAAGUGGUUUAAUUGUCA